GUUACAACAUAUGGGUUUCGUUUAGAACGUUGAAUUAAUACAUUUUUUAAAAUCUUAAAUUGAUUUCAUAUGCUAGUUGUAGUUACUUUGUAUUACAUUAUCUGUGCCUGAUAUGGUGGAAGACUGGUAAAUGUGCGUAAAAUUUUUUGGUUAUAGAUAAGUUGUAGGUAGCUGAAAUGGCGCUCAAUCCUGCAUAUGAAGCCAUUGGCAAAGGCUUCGUUCAGCAAUAUUAUGCCAUUUUUGAUGAUCCCGUGCAAAGGCCGAAUUUAAUAAAUAUGUAUAAUACAGAAACGUCCUUCAUGACAUUUGAAGGCCAACAGAUCCAAGGUGCUGUGAAGAUAAUGGAGAAGUUGACAAGUCUUAGUUUUCAGAAGAUAAAUAGAAUAAUCACUGCAGUGGACUCACAGCCCAUGUUCGACGGCGGAGUCCUCAUCAACGUCCUGGGCCGACUGCAGGCUGACGACGAUCCGCCUCAUGCGUACUCGCAAGUGUUUGUCCUGAAGCCGCUGGGCAACUCAUUUUUCUGCCAGCACGACAUCUUCCGCCUCGGGAUACACGACACCGCUUGAGGGGGGGCGACGCGACCGCAACUCUCCCGUCUAGCAGCUGCAUGAACUGCUUUUGUGCAUAAACUAAAAAAAAAUAUUAAUUUUUUUUUUUUUUAAGAAAAGGAGCAGUGGUACUACUGGUUUCACAAACUGAUCAACUGAAACUUGAAAAUGCUUCAAGAAAUUGUGGAGGGGAAAAUUUUUCAAAAAUAGUAGUGUGUAGUAAAUGCAAAAAAAAAAAUAAAAAUUUCAGCAUCUUACAUGUCAAGUUACGCAUAUUACAUGAAGACUAUAAUUUGUUAAUUAAGCUUGGGUAAAGCAUGACAUAUUUGCCAGUAAGUUUUGAAUGUGUGUGUGUAAUUUUUUAUAAAACCUUAAUUUGGACAUGUUUAUCAAAAUAUUUUGGAAAAUAAAUUGACAUAAAUAUGUCAUGUUUAUUCAAAAUGAUAAUUUGUAAGCUAUACAACUAAAUUAAUUUGCCAUUAGUGUUUCAUCUAAGUUACAAAACUUAUUUAAAAACACUUGUGUUGCUUUUACAAUUUUUAUUAAUUACCAUCUCUAAUUGAGCAUUACUUCAAUCUAUUAUGUAUCUAAUAUGUAGUAUUUGAACCUUUUAAAUAUCGGUUUAGUUGUUCACACAUUGUAAAAUAAUGUUAAAAUGAAUACUUCUGUGAGAUUGAAGAUUAUUUAUAAAUGUUUAUAGAUCUUUGAAAA